AUGGUUUACCAAUAGUAUUAUCAAUCUUAUCAAUGUACUGUAACGGAUGUCCUUGUGUUACCGUCAUUCUCUUCUGCUCGCCUCCAAGCACAGAUGACAUUGUAUACGUUAUCAACUCCUUGCCAGCCUGUCUCGUCUAUAUUAUUUAGCAACAAUACAUUGCACCGCUGUAGUCUGAUUAUCUCGCUUGAAUUAUGACGGUCUUCAGGUUCACUUAUGGUGUAACACUAGGCUUGGUUUUGACUGUUUUAGCUGUUGGAGCAGCUCCUGAUGAAUCCCUCAUUACUCACGUACCAGGCUUUCAUGGCUCUUUACCCUCUAGUCAUUAUGCAGGGUACGUCGCUAUACCGGGAAACCCUGGAAAGAAGAAUUUGUUCUACUAUUUCAUUGCGUCUGAAAGGAAUCCUAGCAAGGACCCUGUAGUACUGUGGCUUAACGGAGGACCCGGUUGCUCCAGCUUCGAUGGUUUUGUUUUCGAACAUGGACCAUUUAAUUUUCAAGGAGGAAAGUCAAACGGAAGCUUGCCCAUACUUCAGCUCAAUCCCUUCAGCUGGUCUAAGGUCUCCAACAUUAUCUAUUUGGAUUCACCAUGUGGAGUGGGUUUAUCAUACUCUAACGAUCCACGCAAUUAUGCGACAGGAGACCUUCAAACCGCCUCUGACACGCAUGCCUUUCUUCUCAAGUGGUUCGAGCUCUAUCCAGAGUACCUUUCAAAUCCAUUCUACAUAUCAGGAGAGUCAUAUGCUGGAGUUUAUGUGCCAACUCUUGCCUCCAAUGUAGUAAAAGGAAUUAAGAAAGGUGAAAAGCCUCUGAUCAAUUUCAAGGGUUACCUCAUUGGAAAUGGGAUUGCAGAUGAUGAAUACGAUGGCAAUGGUCAUGUGCCUUUCUUCUUUGGUAUGGCGCUGAUCUCAAGCGACAUUUUUGAGCCCCCAAAUGACCGAUGCCGACAGAAUAUUCUCAAGGCUUACGCGGCUGUGACAGAUUUGAAUAGCUACGACAUUCUUGAGCCAUGCUACCGCUACCCAGGCAACAAGGUCACGAGUCUGCCUCUUGGCCACCAUCAUUUGGGGGUGAUUGAGAAGCCUCUCUACACAAGAGAAAGAAUGUUCAGUUACGAUUCACCUCUUUGGCUAUUAGGAAAGGACAACACGGUUACAUCGAGUCCCCAGUCUGCAAAUGCGUUCCACAUCCCAUGCUUUAAUGAUGAUCUCGCAACUGCAUGGUUAAACAACGAAGCAGUUCGGGAAGCAAUCCACGCAGCACCGGCGAGUGUGGCAGGUCCUUGGGAGAUAUGUGCCAUUAGAGUGCGGAGAAACUAUACCAUCGAUACAGGAAGUAUGAUCCCGUAUCAUAAAAGUUUGAUUUCUGAGGGAUACAGGGCACUGAUAUACAGUGGAGAUCAUGAUUCAGUCGUACCUUACACUGGUACUCAAGCGUGGACCAGGUCACUUGGAUACAAAAUUGUUGAUGAAUGGAGAUCGUGGAUCUCCAGCGAGCAGGUCGCUGGGUAUCUGCAAGGGUAUGACCACAACCUCACAUUCCUAACUGUCAAGGGAGCGGGGCAUACUGUCCCUCAAUACAAGCCGCGGGAAUCAUUGGAUUUCUAUACUCGUUGGCUAGAUGGAAAACCAAUCUGAAAUUACUACAUCGCAGAACAGGACCAAUAGAACUUAUGUACCUGAAAAGUUCAUCAAGUUUUCAAUAAAAUCUUGCUGUGCUGUUUCUUGAUUUCUCCACUGUGCUCAAAACAGCCGACUUGAAUUUGGUCUAUAUUGUAACAUAGGGAGAGAUCGGUACUCCCGACUUUUGUUCAAUGUCUCCAAAGAGACUAGACGAAUGAACUUUGUUAUUGCAUCCGGUAAAGUAUGACAGAUGUAAUCGACAUUGACACAGAUGAAUCAUGCAUUAAUACUUGUUAUAC